CUUCUCGACUCCACUCGCCGCUUGCCACGGUCAUCUCCGUCUCCGGCCAGUGAGUCCACCUCGUCGCCGGCGAUCUAGAAGUCAAGCGAGGAAGCCCAAUACGUGGAGGAUCCCAGAUGCCCCCUCAUCGCCGGUGACUCUCUUUCGCUUCGCAUGGACGGCGCCGGCGGCAGCGGCGAGCCCAAGGCCAACGGGGACAAGAAGGCCGAGGAGCAGCACUUCGAUCCCAGCCGAAUGAUAGGAAUAAUCAAAAGGAAGGCCUUGAUUAAAGAACUAGCUGCUGCUUACCAUGCUGAGUGUGUGGCAUGCUGUAAAGAGCUUCUGCAGCUCCAGAGAAAAUGGGAGGAGGAGCAAUAUGUUGAAUUUAAGAUGGGUGAUGAAGCACCGAGGACGGUGACGAUGAAAUCUUCCAAGCGCAGGAAAAGGUAGCUUUAGUAGAAGGCGUGAAAUUAACAGGAGCUUUGGAUGUUUGAUGGAUUUCCUGACUUCUGAAGUUGUGAAGAUGUAUCAGAGUUAACAGAAGGGCGCUUUUACAGUAGCUCUAUGUAGUUUGAGACUUAUUGAUAGAUAAUCAGUGUGGCCUGGGUGCUCAAUUGUUUAUUGGUUUUGGGUGUGAAAAGCAUGUAGCUUCUUGCUGGGGCCUGGAUGUGUGAUUGUUGGCUGCUGUAAAUAUAGUCCGUUACUUUUAUCAGCUAUGGGAGGUGGUUACCCAUUACCAAGAUGUUAUCUUCUUCAAAGAAUGAUAACAGGUUAAGGAUUUAGGAUGUGUUUGGCAACUUUUGGAAAGGGGUUUAGGAAGAGUUGAUUGUGGGAUUGGUCACGGGAGGAGGUGGAUGAAUUGAACUGGUGGGAUCAUUCGUGUUAGCGGUGGGUGUACCUUGGAAAAAACUAAACCGAUUUGAUGCAGUGUAUUCUUUUGUGCUCAAUGGCUAGAUGGAUGAAUGAUUUGUGAUAA